AUGGCUCCUUCACCACCAGCUGUAACUGAUGGGUCCAAGACAUGGUCGCCAUCACAUCUGUUCCCUUCUGAGAGCAACAAUCCCGAAUUGUGGGACAAGAUACACUCUCAUCUGAAGGCCAACGAAUUCAAGCUCGCAAUUGUGGCCGCUUUUGAGCUUCCACAUGGAGACAACUUUACGUAUCACGCUUCGGCAAGUGUCAAUCUCAGCCAGGCUGAAGCGGCAAUCCAAGGCGGAAGGGCCAAUGGCUUGCACGCCUGGUAUAUCGAACCCAAGGGAGAUGGUAAUAAUGAUGGCACAGUCUCAGAAGACACUGUAGACCGAGAGGUCGUCGAAAGCCCGACAGGUCAGCCGUCGCUGAAAUUGACUGGCUACCCUCCACCAAGUGAUAUCCAGGCAUACAUAGCCCUCUUCGACCCAACCAAAUCUGCUGCGAACAGCUUGAAAUCUCUGGCGGCCAAUGCAAAGAAAGGCUCCAUCCGCCAAAGCGUUGCGGACUAUCUACUUAGCAAGCGAUAUCUUGAUUCCAUGAUCAUCGUUCCAAGGUUCAAGCUACCGCCCAGUGCCACCGAUGCCUCUCACACCGGACAGGAAAAUCCAGCUCUGGAUUUCUGGGCGUACACAUGUCAUGCCCUCGAGUAUGCAGGUCCAUGCCAAAACACUUCUCUCGUCAAGUCCUCACAUCAUUUGCUUCCAGUUCUGAUGCAUCAUUUUGGGUGCGUGGUGCCAUCCUACGAAGCUCUACAGAUAAUAAACAAGGUGGCGAAUGGCAAAUCAAUCUUGGACAUGGGCAGUGGAAACGGAUACUGGUCGUUGAUGCUCCGAAGAUCUGGUUUGACUGUCAUCGCCGUCGACAAUGCCCAAAGUAAGUGGCGCACCGUUUGGGUUCCAGACACAAUCGCCACGGAUGGGAUCCAAUAUCUCCGGAAGCGCGGUGGGUGUCCUGAGACGGUCCUGCUUCUUGUCUACCCGAUCGUCGGCGCCGACUUCACUCGCAAGGUCAUCGAAAGUUAUACUGGGGAUGUGGUUUGUGUGGCUGGCACACAGAAUGGCAAUGGCUACACCGGUUUCAAGGACAUGAUGAUUGACAAAUUCAUGAGCCAGGAACGGAAAUCCUGGGAGAAAUGCGCCCAAGUACCUCUGCCGAGUUUCGCUGGAAAGGAUGACGCUUUGUUUGUGUUCAGGCGAAAAACAGAUGAUACUUUAGGUCAUUAG